AUCACAAUCUCCUCCAAUUAACCAGCAAAACAAUACCUCUAUUGUUUCACCCUCAAAAUCUAUUACUCCACCCGGUGUUUAUAAUAGUAAUAAUAAUAAUGGUACUGUGAAUAAUUAUCAAACACACUAUAAUAAUUAUGAUAACAUUAAUAAUAAAAACUAUAAUAACUAUAAUAAUCAAAUGAACUAUAAUGGUAUAAAUGGUAUAAAUGGUAUAAAUAAUAUAAAUAGUAAUAAUAUGAAUAAUAAUAAUGGUUUUAAUAAAAUUCCAUCACCACAACCAUCUAUUCCCUCACCCAAAUCAAAUAUUCAAACCCAGCACCCAUUGUCUCAAUCUCAGUUAUUAAAUACAGAACAAGAUGAAAAAAUAUCAGGUAAUGAGUAUCUUAGACACCCAAAAGAAAAGAGUAUAGUAUCUCCACCAGUAUUGGGCCAAUCUUUCUCUUUUGAUUUUGGUGUUCAUUCUCCAAUUAGCUCAUUCAGUAAUUUAAAUUCAUUUAGCAACUUUUCUAAUCCAAACAACAACGGCAACAUUAGAAACAGCCCAACUACACCAAAUACCAAUACUAUUAUUCAAAAUGAAAUCAAUGAUGAUGAACUUCCACCAUUGCUCGAUUUAAGUUUUUUCUCUUCUUCAAUUUACCACCCAAAUUUUAAUAAAAAUUAGACACAAUUUAUAUAAAGAAAUAAUAAUCCAAAAUAAAUAAUAAUGAUUAAAAAGGAAAUUAAAAUAAAUAUAUGUAAUCAUUUAAAAUUAUUUAUGUUGUUAAAUUAUUACAUAUUGAUACAC